CGUGAGUUGCGCCGCGAGUGCGAGGGUUCCCAACAUCCCAGCCAACCAGACCGUAGCCAUUUCGGCUCAAAAAUCUUGUUUCAGGUCUGCAUCCUACAAUACUACCGAACCCCGAUGACUGAUCAGUCGGCGAGCAUGUGGGUCUCCGCGCUCUGGGGGUCGAUCUACGCCGCCGGCAUCAUCGGAUGCCUGCUCGUAUACGGGCUCCUUCAGGAGCGCAUCAUGUCGGAGCCCUACGGCGAGGCUGGGGACAUCUUCAAGGUCUCCGUGUUCCUUGUGCUGUGCAACCGUCUGGUGGCCGUCUGCUUCGCUUCGGGGAUGAUGUUCGGCAAGGGGGAGGCGGUGAAGAACAUGGCGCCGCUUUGGAAGUACUGCGCGAUCUCUCUGUCCAACGUCGGUGCGACAUGGUGCCAGUAUGAGGCUCUCAAGUACGUGUCCUUCCCCGUGCAAAUGCUGGGCAAGAGUUUCAAGAUGAUGCCCGUGAUGAUCUGGGGCAUCAUCAUCUCGCAGAAGAGCUACGGCUGGAGGGAUUGGGCUGUCGCCGCGGCCGUCACUGGCGGCGUGACUGAGUUCCUCAUGACCGGAAGCAUCAAGGCCAAGCACUCGUCUGGCACCAGUGCGCAUGGCUUGCUCCUGCUCCUGCUCUUCUUGGGCCUCGACGGCUUCACCUCGACCUUCCAGGAGAAGCUGUUCAAGCAACACAGCACCACGAAGUACAACCAAAUGUUCUACGUCAACAGCUUCUCCUGCAUCGUCUCUUUCAUCACGCUGAUGGCCUCGCAGAAGGCCGGCGAGGCCUUCCGUUUCUGCGGCGCGCACCCAGUGAUCAUGCGCGACGCCUUCACGCUGAGCGCCGCGGCCGUGGGCGGCCAGUGGUUCAUCUACUCCCAGGUGAAGGAGUUCGGCGCUCUGGUGUUCGCGGCCACCAUGAACCUGCGGCAGGUGAUCUCAAUCUUGGUGUCGUACGCCACGUACCACCACAGCCUCAACGGGCUCCAGGCCAUCGGGCUGCUGCUCGUCUUCGGCGGCCUCUUCUACAAGAGCUACUGCGGGCUCGCGGCCACCAAGCCAGACAAGAAGGAGACGGAGCCGCUGCUCCCCAACAAGCAGGACGUGGAGGCCCCCGCCGCUGUCAAGGCGUGAGGGCCGGAGGCGUUCUGGGCGAUCGCGCGCUACGUCGUGCUCGGACACUAGGACACCCUCAGCGGUUACCCUCAGCGGUUCCACGCCUUUCAUCCUGUGAUCUGGCUGGGCGCGCUCUGUGCGGUCUCCUCUCCUUGCUUAGUUUUCGCCUUUGCUUUUGUGCCAACUAGGGCGCGAGCUGACAUGUCGUCACUAAAAAAGCAAAACACCCC